AUGCCAGAAUACGAUUUAGUGACGGGAAAUAUCGUAUCCGAUAUAAGUGAUCAUUAUUCCCAAGUAUGUCUUUUAAAUAAUUGCGAAGUCGAAAAUUGUGCAAGACAAAAGAAGCGCAGAGAUUAUUCUAAAUUUGACCAGAAGGAAUUUUUGUUUGAGGUCCAGUCUAUUGUCGAAGCCGUUUUAGUGCAUAAUUCAUCAACCGAUGUCAAUACCUUGUUUAACAGGUUCUAUAAAAUGCUAAUGAAACAAGCACGCGCCAUUAAAGCCAUUGUCAAAACGUAA